ACUCAACCCGCCCAUCUCCUCUCACUUCCUCCGCAGCAGUCGGUGCUCCUGUGGACUCCACAAACAGAACUGUUUUCUUCAAAAGUAUUCUUCCCUCUCAAGCUGCAAAUAUGGCUCAGAUCAACACCUGCCUUAAACGCACCUUCAUCAUCUUCAACAUCUUCUUCGCGAUUGUUGGCGGCGUCAUCAUCAGCCUCGCUCUGCUGGCUCAGUUCUCCACCAGCAUUCAAGAAGGAGGAAAUCUGGAGGGUCGGGUCAGUGGCCUGUUCAGCCUCUAUAUCAUGGGCGCCAUCAUCAUGGUGCUGGCUAUCCUGGGAGCCUAUGGAGCCCACAAAGAGAGCAGAGUUGCCCUGAUUGUGUUCCUGGUGUGUAUGGUCCUUGGAUGUCUGGUGAUGUUCAAAUAUGCAGUCCCGGUUGCCAUCAUGCGUCCACAGAUUGAAGGUAUAAUGGAGAACAAGUUUCGGAUGUUUCUGCCUUUGGAUGAAAACUCAAGGGAUAUGAAGAACAUGGCUGACAACAUCCAGAAAAUUUUUCACUCCUGUGGUCUGUUCACUGCUCGGCACAAUUCUGUCCUCGGCAAUGAUCCACCAGAUGCGUUACCCCAACAGACCCCCCAUCCUGCUCACAGUUCCCACUGUCCUCUCCACAUCGCCACCAAAAUACGAGGAGCUGUACAACCCUCCACCAUAUUAGACACAGAAAGAUGCACUGUUCCUUUAUUGCUGGCUUUGCGUGGAAGUUCCAGGAGUCCUGUUAGUUUUGUUUUUCUUGAAUUUUAACGUGAGUUUGAGGUUUGUGUCCAAAGUGCCUUACAGCUCUGUAAGGAGUUCUGACUUGUUCCUUUAAGAUCAGUGAAAACCUGAAAAAUGCCACAGCUUUUCUGAUACAUAAACAUUGUUCUUAUGCUACUGUUUAUUUAUCUUAGUUGUUCUUGCUUUGAAGUUAAGAAAUGUUUUCAGUUUUCCAAGAUUUGACUUGUGGCUUUCAUUUAGAAUCAACUUUUAUCAGAAAUCAUUAUUUUUGUCACAUGUUAAGAAUGCAGAAGUUCAUGUUCAUUACAUACAAAAGACAAGGGAUGUGAAAGUGAAGCUCAAAUCUCUCCAAAAGAGAACUGGUGCAGCCAGGACUACUAAAAAUUAAAAGUUUAAUUAUUUGAAUUCAAAGUUUACAUUUUGAGUUUUAAAUGUGUUUUCUAUAUAUAUUUCCAACACUUUUUUAUCUUAUUUUUAUUUUUAAAAGUCCCGCUAAACUUUUAGAACUUUUGUAAAAAUGUUUUAAGGAAAAAAAGCUCCUCCCAUUUUUAAGAAAAGAAAUGAGGGUUAUGCAGUCAGUGGCAUUCAAGCAUGGACUCAAAAGAAAACUCACACAUGCCAACAACUCAUUUCGGCCUGAAGUCGUCUUGAAUAAAGCUGCAGCAAUCAUUUUGGUUUUUUUUUCGUAAAGCAAUUAUUUUUUUUUUUUAAACAAUGUGGACUCAUUUAUCUUACUCCACUCAGUGUUUUUGUACACAUACACACAUAUAUAAAUAAAUAAAACAGCAUUUUAAAUAUUUAGAAAGAAUUUUUUUUAUUCUACAUUUUCUUGUGGGUCUCUUGUUUUUGUCAUGUUUGAUUUUUCUGAUGUAAACAUCAACGACUUACAAAAACAAAAGAGCAGCACAGACACCCCUGGUUUUCACAGACACUCAGCUCUUUCCACACCAUUACAGCAUUUAAUUAUUAACAAUAAAUAAUAAUUAAUCAUC